ACAGAUUAUGCGUACACAUUGCUGGAUAGUACUUGAAUUGAUGUUAAAUUCCUUGGAAUAGGUCCAACGACAAGUAUUGCUGCGAGCAGACUAGCUCUUGCACUCAAAACCGAUUUUUCAUAGUCACAAAUGGUCCACGCGAUACACCUCUCUUUAUCGUGCCUUGAACACGGCCCCAUGUCAGCAUUAAGUGAACUAUCCUUCAGCAACAAUAAUAGGUUCACCGAUCAUCCAUGCUGUUCUUUUUGCAGAAUCCUUUUCGGAUGAUUCCAUGAGAUGUGACAUAAUUUUCGAUUAAUAUUUUUGGCCUUGAUGAUUUUCGAGUAUUCGCCCGGGUUUCGUAAACUGUAUUUCUAUAGCCGUGGCAAUGUAAAUGAAUCGAUACCAGACGUUUUUACGGUCACAAGCUUGGAAACUAUCGACAACGUUGCGGUCUACACGGUUGAAAAGGCGUACGAUACUAACGAAGAACCUACUGCGGACAUAAUACCGCACAUAAAAGAGAUCUACUGCCGAUGCAACAAAGUCAUCGAUUACCAGAACUUAAGCCUGCUUCCAUCUCACAACUGGCAUGAGUACAUCGAUUUAUGGUCGUGUCACAACUCCGAAUUCAAGUCUACUCUUGACUUCAAGCCGAAGGCAAGACAUAAAUGCAUCAUAUUAGGCGCGUUUUUCAUGAUACCGGACAGGCACACGUACUGCCAUAGCUGCUACCAGGACAGAAUAUUUUACAACGAAGUAAACUGGAACAUACCAAACGAUGACGUAGUGUAUAUGGCGCUUUGCAAGCAUUUUGAGAGCAAUACAUACUUUUACAUCGCUGACAGGAUAGAAAUUAUUUUGUUCGGUAGGUGCUAUUUCGGCGAUGUAGAAGACGGCCAGAUGUUCCCUGCGCUCAAAAUAGGUUUUAAAACAGUGAAAAACCGGGAGAACGAAAGCGAGCUGCUGAACAGUUUUUUCAGAGAAAAGAUAAUUUGUACCUUAACAAAGAAUAAAUUAGGAAUUAAAAUGCUGGACUAUGAUAUUUCCUUCAUUUCAGGAAGCACUCCGGCGGAAACCGUGUUAUAGGGCAUUUCUUCGGUUUCCGGUGGAAUGUCUGUCUGGAAUGCAAUCAAAUUAUAAUUUGGAAAACACACCGCACUCGGCAACAAUGUGCCUUUUGGAACGCGCCCAUUUAUCAUGGUAAAAACGUAUUUUAAUGAAGCAUGCACCUGGCUAUCAUUUUAGCCACGCAAGCCGUGCAAAGCAUCCAGACUAUAAAGUAAAGCAAAUACAGCAUGUUUCGCCAUCUCAUCAAUGUGAUCUCAAUAAAUUCAUAAUUCCC